AUGGAAGCAACCAUUAAAGAGUCGAUGAAACAAUGGGUGAACGUUAAAAAACGGGAUCAACUUAAGUUGAUCGACAAAUACGUGUUAAAAUUAGAGUGUGAUAUGGAGGAGAAAAAAUAUCGCAAAGGUUGCUGCAAUCGAGCAGAUAAUUCAGUACGACGAGGUUUCUAUUUAAUUUCAACUGUCAGAGAAAAUGAAGGCGACUUCACGAAAACUUUGAGCGAAGAUCGGCGCCGACUGUGGCUGGCAAAUAUCAACCGGAAAGAUGCGCCGACAAAAUACUCGAAAAUCUGCUCCGAUCAUUUCAUAAACGGCAAACUAUCUAGUAUGUAUGAAAGAUCCAAUCCUGAUUGGGCCCCAACCCUUCUUCUUGGAGAAGACCUGACACCAAGUAAAUCUUUGAAGAAAGAGAAGAAGAUAGAAACUAACAAAAAAGAUAUCAGAGGAAGUUGGAUAGGGAUGAGGUUCGAGAGGUUGUCGCUCUUGUUGAACGUCCUCUCCUGAAAUACAACAGUGCCCAUCAAUAAAAAAAAUGUAAAAAGAUAUUCAAUUGUACAAUGAAACACAUAUGUGUCAUGUCACGGCCCACAUGAGAAAAAGGACUUAAAUAUAAUUGUGACCAGUCUGGAUCCAGAUAACACAUGCUUUCAAAAAUGAUUUAAACUUUUUGUUUAACAUCUUGAGAAUUACUAACUUGAAUAGCGAACAGUCACGAUCCUGAUCAGACUGCGCUUUUUGGUGCAGGCUGACCUGGGUCUGAACUGAUCGCGAUUGCCUACGGUGCCUUUACCAGUGAGUCGGCUCAUAAUUAUAUAGUACCUGGUAUAUACAUAUACACAGUUAUGCGUUAGUUUUGGUAAGGCCAAAGCAGGGGUGUGUCGCUGCAGCCCCCGGAAACACAUCACUUUUUAAGAAAGAAAGUUACGUCCCUUAUCAGCCCAUUAUCAUAUGGGCAGCUAAAGUGCAAGUGUACCUUACGGUCUUUUAGUUAAGAUAAGCCUUGAUAAAGGUGUAUCACGCCACUCAUAAUUAGUAUAUUUACAUACCAUUAAUAUCACUGUCAAGACGCCUUUUCUUGAUUGACACAGAAGUUAAAUCGAUAUCCCGAACUUCAGCAUAGGGCACCUUGUCGACUGCUGAAGGCAUGGACCAGUAAGCCUUUUCCUGUUUCACAGUUCUGCGGGACAUGAGGCGAUGUAUAAACUCUAUGUGGAAAAGCAAGGCUCCGACAUGGCUACAAGUCUCCCCGAGACCAGCUUUGCAGUCGCAAUGUGCUGCCUCUACCAUACCGUCUUUAUUGGCGAUGACCCAGGGAUGAAGUGGUGUUGCGUUCAUCUGCUGGGGGUGUCGAACCUAAGUGAGAUUGAAAUAAAUGUAUAUAAUGAUAAUUCAUAACCUAUAAUAAUAUACAGAAACAAAACACCAGGAGGUAAACAGAAACUGAUCCCUAUAUAUAUUUCAUUGGUUUCUGUAUACCUUCACAAUAUGUACUCUGUAAGAAGUUGAAUUAAAAGAUACAGACGCAUUUAUUAAUGUAACAAACAAAUAACAAGUAAGAAUACAGAUUAGGUUUGAUAAGCUGUACCGUUACAGUUAUAAAUGUAUUGCGACAUACAUGGUAUUCGCAUGUGAGCCACUAGUGAAAUAUUGGUAUGCCUUGGCCAGGGACCGAUCCCACAACCUCGAUCCUGCAUAUGAAGCGGACACUACCACCGGGCCAUCAAGGCACUGGUAUGAUUUCCUGGACCCCCUUUAGCCAGAAUAUUAUCCCAUUUAAUUUCUUUUAUGUAAUGACUACAUAUGUGAUUGUCCAGGUUAAAACUAUUUACUUAAAUUUUGACAAAUUCAUAUUUAUAUUUGAUGCUAGAUCUAGAUAUAUUAUAGAUA